AUGUUAUAUUCCCGGAGAGGAAGUCUGGGAUCCCCGCUCCUGCUGCUCUGGCUUCUCACCUACUGGAAGGCAGGGAGCGGCCAGCUCCAUUACUCGAUCCCGGAGGAAGCAAAACACGGCACCUUCGUGGGCCGCAUCGCGCAGGACCUGGGGCUGGAGCUGGCGGAGCUGGUGCCGCGCCUGUUCCGGGUGGCGUCCAAGACACACGGGGACCUUCUGGAGGUAAAUCUGCAGAAUGGCAUUUUGUUUGUAAAUUCUCGGAUCGAUCGCGAGGAGCUGUGCGGGCGGAGCGCGGAGUGCAGCAUCCACCUGGAGGUGAUCGUGGACAGGCCGCUGCAGGUUUUCCAUGUGGACGUGGAAGUGAAGGACAUUAAUGACAAUCCGCCCAGGUUCUCCAGACAAGAACAAAGACUGUUCAUUUUAGAGUCAAGAAUGCCAGAAUCGCGGUUUCCGGUAGAGGGCGCGUCGGAUUUGGAUAUCGGAGCAAAUGCCCAAUUGAGAUACAGGUUAAAUCCUAAUGAGUAUUUUGACUUAGAUGUUAAAACGAAUGAAGAAGAAACGAACUUUUUAGAGCUAGUUUUGAGGAAGUCUUUAGAUAGAGAAGAAACACAAGAACAUCGUUUAUUAGUGAUUGCAACUGAUAGAGGAAAACCUGAACUAACAGGUACAGUUCAGUUGUUGAUCAACGUAUUGGAUGCGAAUGAUAACGCCCCGGAAUUUGAUAAAUCAAUUUAUAAUGUCAGAUUGUUGGAAAAUGCACCACGUGGGACAUUAGUUAUUAAACUGAACGCCUCAGAUGCAGAUGAGGGCAUCAAUAAGGAAAUAGUGUAUUUCUUUAGUAAUCUUGUUCUUGACGAUGUAAAGUCUAAAUUUAUAAUUAAUUCCAAUACCGGUGAAAUAAAAGUUAAGGAGGAACUGGAUUAUGAAGACCGUAACUCAUAUGAAAUUAAUAUUGAUGCCACGGAUAAAAGUGCAUUUCCAUUAACAGGACACUGUAAAGUAGUAGUGAAACUCCUGGAUGUGAAUGAUAAUACCCCAGAGAUGGCCAUAACCUCCCUUUUCCUGCCUGUCAAAGAGGACGCUCCACUCAGCACGGUCAUUGCUCUUAUCACCGUGUCUGACCGUGACUCAGGUGCCAACGGGCAGGUGACCUGCUCCCUAAUGCCCCACGUGCCCUUCAAACUGGUGUCCACCUACAAGAAUUACUACUUAUUGGUGCUGGACAGCGCCCUGGAUCGCGAGAGCGUGUCGACCUAUGAGCUGGUGGUGACCGCGCGGGACGGAGGCUCGCCUUCGCUGUGGGCCACGGCCAGCGUGUCCGUGGAGGUGGCCGACGUGAACGACAAUGCGCCGGAGUUCGCGCAGCCCGAGUACACGGUGUUCGUGAAGGAGAACAACCCGCCGGGCUGCCACAUCUUCACUGUGUCGUCGCAGGACGCGGACGCGCAGGAGAACGCGCUGGUGUCCUACUCGCUGGUGGAGCGGCGGGUGGGCGAUCGCGCGCUGUCGAGCUACGUGUCGGUGCACGCGGAGAGCGGCAAGGUGUACGCGCUGCAGCCGCUGGACCACGAGGAGCUGGAGCUGCUGCAGUUCCAGGUGAGCGCGCACGACGCGGGCGUGCCGCCUCUGGGCAGCAACGUGACGCUGCAGGUGUUCGUGCUGGACGAGAACGAUAACGCGCCGGCAGUGCUGGCGCCUCGGGUGGGUGGCAUUGGCGGCGUAGUGAGCGAGCUGGUACCGCGGUCAGUGGGUGCGGGCCACGUGGUGGCGAAGGUGCGCGCAGUGGACCCCGACUCAGGCUAUAACGCUUGGCUUUCGUAUGAGCUGCAGCCCCCGUCUGGCAGUGCGCGGAUUCCGUUCCGCGUGGGGCUGUACACCGGUGAGAUCAGCACAGCACGCCCUCUGGAUGAGACCGAAGCACCUCGCCACCACCUUCUGGUGCUGGUGAAGGACCAUGGAGAGCCUGCGCUGACAGCCACAGCAACAGUGCUGGUGUCGCUAGUGGAAAGUGGCCAGGCACAGAAAGCCUCAUCACGGGCGUCCGAGGGAGCUGUGGGUCCCGAGGCUGCGCUGGUGGAUGUGAACGUGUAUCUGAUCAUCGCCAUCUGCGCGGUGUCCAGCCUGCUGGUACUCACGCUGCUGCUGUACACCGCAUUUCGGUGCUCGGCGCCACCCACUGAGGUCGUGUGUACACGGGACAAGCCCACGCUAGUGUGCUCCAGUGCGGUGGGGAGCUGGUCGUACUCGCAGCAGAGGAGGCAGAGGGUGUGCUCUGGGGAAGGCCCACCCAAGACUGACCUCAUGGCCUUCAGUCCAAGCCUUCCUCAGGAUCCCACCUCUACAGAAAACGUGAGUUUUCUAAUAUUAACAUCCCACUUUCCUUCCCAAUUUUUAAAUAUUAAAUAUCACAGUCCCACAUUUUCUUUUGUUUUUUAAAAAUUAUG